AUGACGACGAAUUCGCCUCCGACCUCCCCUCAGCAGGGCGGCGGACAACGACCUGCCAGUGCUAUCGCGCGACCAGCGAACAGAAGUAGUAGCCGAUUGAGCAUGACAGGCGGCAAGACUGUCGCUACAGGGAGUAGGGCCUCUGAUGAGGAGAGCCGGACCGCGGUCAAAGUUGCUGUCCGCGUUCGACCGCCGUUGAAGCCAACGGACCCCGGCUACGAGCUUAUUCCUCAACGCUUCCAACGAUCCAUGGUGCAGACCACCUCGAAUACCAGUCUGGCCAUCGACUCUCCCCAGGGCAAGAAGCUAUUCGUCUUUGAUCGCGUUUUCAGCUCGGAUGUGAACCAAGACGGCGUUUGGGAAUACUUGAGCGAAUCCAUCAGCGCCUUUACCCAGGGCUACAAUGUCUCACUGCUUGCAUACGGACAGUCUGGUGCUGGUAAAUCCUAUACCAUGGGUACCUCUGGUCCCUUGGAGCAGCAUGACGAAGAGAUCAUGGGUGUCAUUCCCCGUGCCGCCAAGGCAUUGUUCGAGACGCUCGACGUCAGCAAGGCUGCCGUUCCCGUCAAGCCUUCCAACCGCAGUUCCAUGUCCCACCUCCGAACACCGCGAGGAUAUGGCCAACAAAACACACUUGGAGACGCCGAUUGGUCUCUGAAGGCAACAUACGUAGAAAUCUACAACGAGCAGCUGCGCGAUCUUCUCGUUCCCGAAUCAACCCCUCUGGCCGAUCGUGGCAACGUCGCGAUUCGAGAAGAUGUAAAGGGCAACAUUAUUCUCACUGGCCUCCGUCAGGUGGAUAUUACCUGCGUCGAUGAUCUCAUCAAUGCGCUGAAUUUCGGUUCUUCGAUUCGACAGACUGAUGCUACCGCCAUCAACGCCAAGUCUUCCCGUUCGCACGCCGUUUUUUCACUGAACCUUGUGCAGCGGAAGAAUAAGUCUUCUCCCACCUCAACCAACGAAAGGCGCUUCUCGGUACCGAUUGAGUCCAUGACGGGCCAAGAGGUCACCGUCACAACCGAUAGCAAGUUGCACUUUGUGGAUUUGGCCGGUAGCGAAAGGCUCAAGAACACUGGCGCUCAUGGCGAGAGGGCCAAGGAAGGUAUCUCGAUCAACGCCGGUUUGGCCUCGCUUGGCAAGGUCAUCAGCCAGCUGUCGUCGAGACAGGCUGGGUCCCAUGUCUCUUACCGUGAUUCAAAGCUCACCCGCUUGCUGCAGGAUUCGCUGGGCGGAAAUGCAAUCACUUACAUGAUUGCUUGUGUGACGCCUGCUGAAUUCCAUCUUAGUGAGACUCUCAACACUGUUCAAUACGCUCAGCGUGCUCGCGCUAUUCAGUCGAAGCCCCGCAUCCAGCAAGUUGAGGAAGGCGACAAGCAGGCCAUUAUCGACCGAUUGAAGGUAGAGAUCGCCUUCCUUCGCGAGCAGAUCAGCAGCAAUGCAAGCCGUGGCGAGCCUAGUCCUCGCCGUCUGAACUUGAACACCAACGAACGUUUUGAUCGCCAGAGUGAGCGGGAGGCCGAGCUCCAGAACCAGCUGCUCGACACACAGGAAAAUUACACUGCGCUCAGCCAGCGACAUGCCAAGUUGAUUUCUGAGAUGGCAAAGGCUCGGGAGAAUGAGUCGAGCAACGAGGCACACGAGCUGGGUGACACUGCGACGGACCGUCUCAACCGAUCCAACUCUUUCGCCCAGGCUGUGGAGCAGGUUGUGAUGGAAUAUGAGAAAACCAUCCAGUCACUGGAACACUCCCUAUCGAGCACAAGAGGAACACUCUCUACCACCGAAGCCAGUCUGCUGGAGAAGGAGAGCAAGUGUGCGUACGCUGAGACCAUCAACACUCAGCUCCAGGCCCGACUUCAGAAGCUCGUGGACCGUGAGGCCAGCACGGAGAACUACCUGCAUGAUCUUGAGACCAAGCUCGAUGGCCAUACCAAUGGCGAGGAGAAGAAUGCAACAAUCAUCAUGCAGCUACGGAAAGAGAUUGCCCGGGUCCGUGAAAAUGAGGCUUCUUGCGAAGACUACAUCUCGACUCUGGAAGAGCGCCUUGCGGAGACUGACCAAGAUUCUGAGCUCAUGCAACGGGAAAUUGAUCGUCUGGAGCAGGUCAUCGAGCGUCAGCGCAGCUUAGGCAAACUUGAUUCUCUUCUCUACGACCUGGACAAUGUCGAGGAGGCCAAGCAGCCCGGACCCGAGCCCAAGGAACCCACAGCCAAUGGACCUGCCCGCCGACGAAGUAGCACUGCCGGUCAUUCUAGAGCUCAAUCGCAUGUCAGCCGCCACAGCCAAACUCAGGAUCCCAUCCCCGAGGAUGACGAAGGCGUUGAGGGCAACCAGGCAGCUCAGAUUCCUACUGUCAAGGAGGAGGUUGAGGAAAACCCUCGGGUUGAGGCAAGUCCCGCUAACGGUGAGUAUGAUGAUGUUCCAAGCUCUGCCCAGAGCAAGUUUGUGGCCGAUAAGCUGGAGAACGUGACCCAAGAGCUCUUUGAUCUCCGCGUGGAACACGAAACCACAGUGAACUCGUUCGAUGACCUUCAUCUCAAGUACGAGGAAGCUAUGCGCAAAGUUGCCGAGCUUCAGGAUGCAGUUGAUGAGGCACGCCACAGUAAGCCAUCCCGUCCUCGCGAUUCAAUUAUUUCCGAGGUUGCAGGUCGUCCUGAUUCUUUCUCGUCGGAGACGAAGACGAACGAUUCAAAGCAUGGGCUUCGGUCAUCGGCUUCGCGAUCGCUCUCCUCGGAAUUAUCAUCUGCUAUGGACUCGCCUGCCACCGCGGACACAUCUAACGGUGACGUGUCAUCGGAGGAUGAGACUGCCACAACCAAACCGGGUGGUGCUUCGUCGGAUGAUAUGACGGAGGGACCUCUUUCUCCCGCCUUUACUGAGCGGAGCAACCAAGAAUUCGAGGCUGAGAUCACCCGCUUCAAGACUCUUGUUGCUGAAAGAGAGGCUGCUGAGAAAGAGCUCGCCAGCAAGUACGCGGAGCUCGAGUCUAAGCACAGCGAGACUCUGGAUAUUGUGGAAGAACUCAAGACUGAGGUGCACAAGGCUCGUGCUAUCGAGGCCACUUCUCCCCGAACACCCACCCCUAUCAUUCGCCGCAAAUCAAGCCAGAACCUUCUCGUCGACCGCGCCCAACGCUCAUUCUCCUCGCUUCGCAAUAUCGCCAAUGAACACCUCAAGAACAGCCCCGAGGUGUACCAAAACUUCGAGGUUAACCUCAAUGCAGCUAUGCAUGAGCUCCACUCGCGCAGCGAACGUAUCCAGGAGCUGGAGGCCGAUAUUGCGUCGACUAAGAAGGAGAUGGAGGCCAAGAUGACCAUCAUCUCGGGUCUUACUCGUGAGCGCAGCAGUUUGAAGGCAAGCCCUGUCGAUAUGUCCAUGGUGGCGACCCUUCGAGACCAGCUCGAGCAGAGCGAGAACCAGAUUGCGUCGCUUAAGGAAGCUCAUGCGUCCCGCGAAGGGCAUUUGGAGAACGAGCUGGAAGCUCUUCGCAAGGCCAUGAGUGGUCCCGGGGCCGAUGACACCAUCGCCAAUGCCACCAAGAUCGCACAGCUCGAACACGAGGUCUCCCAGUGGGAGCUCCAGCACAAGGCAGCUCUGGAGACCGCGGCAUCUAAGGAACAGGAGUUGUUGUCGGCGAUCAAGCAGCUGGAGGCACAGGCUGUGUCUGUGCAUGCUGUACUGCAACAGGCUCGCUCUGUCCCAGCCGGUCAAGACGAGGCUGCCAAGGAGGUAGAGAGGAAGCAGGAGAGUCUGAUCAGCUUCCUCCGAAGCGAGAUUGACGAGUACAAGGCCAUCAUUAACAGCAAUGCUACCAAGGUUGCCGAGCUAGAGACUGCGCACGCCACUGCGGUCUCCGAUCUUGAUAGGCUGAACAAGGUGCACGCCUCCGUUGCAGCUGACCUGGAGGCCUCUGUCAGGGAUCGGGAAGCUGAAGCUGCAGAGGCUAACCGCCUGGAGCAACUUGUCUUGACACUCGAGGAGCAACUCACCGCCCACGAGGAGGCUGCUAGUAGGACUCACCAGACACUCGAGUCUUUGCAAGCUGCUCACCAGCAGGAGCUGGCGGAUGUGAAGUUACAGGAGCAGAAGGGUUACGAGGAGCAAGUUGCCGUCCUUAUGAGCGAGCAAGCUGAUACCGUUCGAUACCUCGAGGCGGAAGUCUCUGGAACCCGCGAGGAGCUGGUCACGCUCGCUCGCCAGGUCGGUACGGCUCUGGGCAUGGAACCUGAGCCAGACAACCUCCGUACUUGGAUCGAUAGCCUGGUGGCUGACCGCGCGGCGCUUGGUAGCGAGCGCAAGAGGGCUGGCGAGAUGGAGAAGCAUGUGGCCGAACUCUCAACCAUCAAUGAUGGUAUCCUGAAAGACCUGGAGAACGCCAAGAAGUCACUGGCAGACAUUGCACCCACCAACUCGGGUUCCAUGACAGCGACGGUCGAGGCUUUGAAGGGCAAGCUGGCUGAGAUGGAGAGCCGCAACGAGAAGAACACGCGGAUGAUCGAGGAGCUCGAGGAACAGCUCCAGAGCAACUUUGAUGAGGCACAGGUCACCAACAACCGCAUCAGCACUCUCCAGACCGAGCGUGACUCACAGCUCGAGGAGAUCAACAACUCACGGUUGAGGCUGCAGGCCGAGCUCGAAGCGGUCAGAGAGGAGUAUGCCGCUCUGCAGGCCAAAUAUGAAGAGACCACUAGCGACAUCAACCGAUCUAGUGUCCAGUCUGCUGUCAGGAAGAGCGCGUCCCACACUUCGCUCCCUUCGCCACCUCCAGUUAUCCCGCUGCCACCUCUGCCCAGCGGAGCAAGCGCACCGGGCACUCCCAACCUCAACGGCCACCCGCCGAGCUCACCGACAUCCACCCGUCCACCAAGCAAGGACAACUUUGGCGCCCUCAGCGCCAGCCAAGUCAGCCAGCUUGCGGAGGACCAGGAGGCUCGCAUCCGCACCAUCAAGAAGCAUCUAGAUGCCGAACGUCAACUGACGCAGACGCUCGAGGAGGCCCUUACCGACUUGGAGAAGCAGUCCAACAAGGUCAAGGCCGACUGCGAGGCCUGGAAGAAGCGUGCCAGCGAGCUCGAGCACGAGGUCAAGGAGCUCAAGGAGAAGCCAGCCCAGGAAGCCCAGGACAACCGCUGGAGCUUGCAGGCAGUCGAGGAGGAGCGCAAGAAGCGCCAGGCAGCCGAGGCAGCUCGCAAGCAGCUCGAGGACCGAAUGAACGCCAUCAACAAGACGAAGAAGAAGAAGGGCAGCCUGAACUGCUUCUAG